UUAAAAAUAUUUUAAUAACCUAAUUUUCACAUACAGAAUUUUUUCAUGCCUGUUUGUGUAAUAAAUAUAUGUUUGUAUAUAUCUACACGGGAAUGUAUUUUGAAUAAGACGUUUUACUCAAUUAGUUUUUUUUUACAUCUCCCCUCCAUACAAUCGUCAUAUUGACAAAACUAGUAUAAACACAUCGCGGGAAAUAUGCGCGGAAGUCAUGGAGCAGUGCUAAUGGCUAACGGAUAAAGUUCACAACAUUUGCCUCUGAUCCCGCUGUGAAGAUGAGUCGAGUGACAAGAUUGUUGAAAUCUCUUCAAAAUGAAGCCCAGAGUGGAAGUGAGAAACAGAAUGAUUUGCCAUCGACAGAAACUCUGGACAUGUCCUCAAUAGAGAAAGCCAGCUUCCUUGAAGGAGAGGAGUAUUCUUCCUAUGGUAAUCCUCUACACAGUACUGCUCUGGAAGAUGAGAGCAGACCCGAAUCUGAUCAUCGACACAAGGCCACAGCAGGCAAACAGGCUGGUAAAGGAAGAGGGAAUGAAGUCCAAGGCAUGACAGAGACUCCUAAGAGACCUGCCCAAAAUAUGAAAGCACCACAGGAAAGCGAUGUGCAGGCACAGAAGAAAAGCUCCAAAUCUAGAGGAAAUCAAAAGCCAGCAGCGCAGACAGACCAUGCACCAAAAUCUCAACGUUUGCAGACCAUUUCAGAAAGCAGAAAGAAUGAAGGCAAGAAAAGAGCACAGUCUAAGAGACCAGGUAGUGGAAGUCCAGCCACUGACAUGUCACCUGAUGUCACUCGCACCAAACGCCAGAGGCGGCCAUCUUUGUCCUCGGAGGAAUUGACUGAUGAGGACGAGAGCUUUCACCCAAGCAGCCAGAGACCUACAGCAUCCCGCACGAGUCUCCCAAGACAAAGGUCAUCGUCCAAUCAGCCACAGAAAGGUCAGAAACAGAAGAGGAAAUCUUCAAGUGGAUCCUCAGACAAUGGCAAUCCCAGCAAGAAGCAGAAACCUGUUGGGAGAAAUCCAAUUGCUCUCGAUGUCAUUCUUGAAGCGUUCCAGGAGUUUGUCACGCAGUAUAAGGAGACGGUGAACUCUGAGGUUGUUAAAAAAGCCAUAAAUGCACUUUCCCGCUCAUUUGAGGAAGAGCUCACUGAGAAGAUCACUGCAGCUAAGGAGUUCAACAGCGUAAAGCGUGAAGCUGUAAAGGUUAAUAAAACCCUAAACCAGAAGAAGACUAGACUUUUGGAGGCCAAGAAUGAACUCAUCAAGAGCAAGGCUGAGCUGAGGAAGCUUGAGAAAGAGCACAGUGAGCUGGAGCGGAGACUCACGGCUUUAAAACAGGGCACUGCAUUGCUUAACAACCUGAAAGCACUGAACAUGAGAUAUCUGCAACACCGAAGUGCUCAUACAGAAGAACCAGAAACGUAUGGACCAUGCUGCAUGCCAGCUAUGCUGCUGGAGGCGAGGAGCAUCACAGGGACAGAACAACAGUUGAAGAACAUCAAUGACAAGCUACAGCAAGUCUUGGAGGAAACUGCUCACAAAGAACAGUGCAUGCAAUGAAUCACAAAUCAGUGAAUUUCAGAAUUUUAAUUGUUUUAUUUUUUCACCAGAAAUCAGUUCAUCAUUAUAUAUAAAAUAUAUUUCAAAUAUACAUAAGCCUUGUUUGUUAUUGUAUUAUUAUAUAUUACAAAAUAUUACAUCAUCUAGAAACAAUGGCCUAAAAAGAAGACAGGAAAUCGAGCAUUUCCACCAGGUCAUGUUUAAGUAGAUUAGGGUAGGGCAUAUUAAUAAUAUCAGCUGUGAGCAUGAACAUGAGCCUGUGCUUAAAAUGAUCUCUCACUCAGUAUCUUAAAAAAAAAAAGAAGAGAGAGAGCCUGAAACAACAAUCUUGCCAUGGUUAAUGUCAAAGAGAUCAAAAUGUUUGACCUGUAUUGACCUGUAUGGUAACAUAAAUAAGCAAUUGUACAAGUGUUUCUAUUAAAAUAGAUAGUGAGUAUAUUUUCAUAUUUUUUUUAACUUGCAUGUGUUGCAGUUUCUUUUGAGUAGAAAACCCCUAUGGUUUGACCUACUUAAACUGAGCUAAAUGUGGUUAGUGGGCAAAACCAACUACCAGAGACGGUAAACCCUACUGUUUUGCAUAUUUAAUCAGUGAAUGCUAAAAUUACAAUGCAGUUUGUAUAGUUUGUUAUUCAGCACACGUUAUGUGUAUUUCUUUGUUUCUGUCUCAGUUGUUCUAUAAACUAUAUGUACAAAAAGAGAAAGUCUGUUCAUGAUUAGUGUGUGGAAUGGCUAAUAUAUGUACACUAUAUUGCCAAAAGUAUUCGCUCACCUGCCUUGACUCGCAUAUGAACUUAAGUGACAUCCCAUUCCUAAUCCAUAGGGUUCAAUAUGACGUCGGUCCACCCUUUGCAGCUAUAACAGCUUCAACUCUUCUGGGAAGGCUGUCCACAAGGUUUAGGAGUGUGUUUAUGGGAAUUUUUGACCAUUCUUCCAGAAGUGCAUUUGUGAGGUCACACACUGAUGUUGGACAAGAAGGCCUGGCUCUCAGUCUCCGCUAUAAUUCAUCCCAAAGCUGUUCUAUCGGGUUGAGGUCAGGACUCUGUGCAGGCCAGUCAAGUUCAUCCACACCAGACUCUGUCAUCCAUGUCUUUAUGGACCUUGCUUUGUGCACUGGUGCACAGUCAUGUUGGAAGAGGAAGGGGCCAGCUCCAAACUGUUCCCACAAAGUUGGGAGCAUGGAAUUGUCCAAAAUGUCUUGGUAUGCUGAAGCAUUCAGAGUUCCUUUCACUGGAACUAAGGGGCCAAGCCCAGCUCCUGAAAAACAACCCCACACCAUAAUCCCCCCUCCACCAAACUUUGGCACAAUGCAGUCAGACAAGUACCAUUCUCCUGGCAACCGCCAAACCCAGACUCGUCCAUCAGAUUGCCAGAUGGAGAAGCGCGAUUCGUCACUCCAGAGAACGCGUCUCCACUGCUCUAGAGUCCAGUGGCGGCGUGCUUUACACCACUGCAUCAGACGCUUUGCAUUGCACUUGGUGAUGUAUGGCUUGGAUGCAGCUGCUCGGCCAUGGAAACCCAUUCCAUGAAGCUCUCUGCGCACUGUUCUUGAGCUAAUCUGAAGGCCACAUGAAGUUUGGAGGUCUGUAGCGAUUGACUCUGCAGAAAGUUGGCGACCUCUUCGCACUAUGCGCCUCAGCAUCCGCUGACCCCGCUCCGUCAGUUUACGUGGCCUACCACUUCGUGGCUGAGUUGCUGUCGUUCCCAAACACUUCCACGUUCUUAUAAUACAGCUGACAGUUGACUGUGGAAUAUUUAGGAGCGAGGAAAUUUCACGACUGGAUUUGUUACACAGGUGGCAUCCUAUCACAGUUCCACGCUGGAAUUCACUGAGCGCCUGAGAGCGACCCAUUCUUUCAGAAAUGUUUGUAAAAACAGUCUGCAUGUCUAUGUGCUUGAUUUUAUACACCUGUGGCCAUGGAAGUGAUUGGAACACCUGAUUCUGAUUAUUUGGAUGGGUGAGCGAAUACUUUUGGCAAUAUAGUGUAUAUAGAUUAGUUUUUAUAGUGUCAUUGCUAUUUUGUAUAAUUAAAUAAUUAAAUAUUA